AUGACAGUUUGUACAGGUAAGCAGAAGCCUUCCUCACGCACACCGGAAGUCACAGAGGAAGAAAUAGGUGAUGACGACACGCAUGCGCGGCACAAUACUGAGGUGUUAUCACGUUUUCUUGACCGACGGCAACGUCUGAAAGCGUUUUGUCGCCGGAAUGAAUUCAAAGGUUCCCGGGUACCCGUGGCUCGAAAUUUAGUCGUAGACGAGAAUCGGAAACUUCUGUACUGUGAAGUACCCAAAGCAGGUUCAACGUUUUGGAAAGGCGUGUUUGCGAUACUAGCAAACAAUUCAUCAGAUUCCAGCUCCCCAUCUAAAGUGGUCCUAGAAAGUCACAUUCAUGACAGACAAUUCUUAAGGUUUAACCAGAUGAACCAAGAUCAACAAAAUAGUGUGCUGAAUUCUGGUCAUCUAAUGUUAUUUGUUCGGGACCCAUAUAUGCGGCUUCUCUCCGCGUAUAUGGACAAGUUUGUCCGUCCUAACUUGUAUUACUGGCAGCGCUAUGGGACCAUGAUCGCGAACAGGCUCCGUCCACAGGACGAGAAGACUGAGGAACAGUGUGGACAAGACAUAACCUUCGAGGAGUUCAUCAAUUUCUUUGUGCUAAGCCAGAUUCCUGGUGGCCCUUUGGCGAGCGGAGAUCACCAUUGGACGCCUGUCUACAGGUUGUGCGAUCCAUGCUAUUAUCCAUAUGAUUACAUCGGCAAGACGGAAUCCAUGCUGUCUGACACUCGAGACAUCCUGCAGGCGUUCAACUUGUCGCGUUUCAUAGAGUUCAACACGAGCUCGGACGAAAACAGCUCAGUUAUCGAGGACAUAGUCAGGCGAGCUUCUCAGUUCGUAGACGAGUAUGACAACCUAUCCAAUUGCCUAAGUCUCUCCAAUUUAAUUCUAAGAUUUUGGAGAUAUUUGACUGCCAAAGGGUACUUUAAGCCGGGUACGCCGCUGCCCACGGGUUUGAUCAACGUGCAGCAGUCGUCUCCUGGAAAUCUGAAGAGGACAAUUUCAUACUGGGCCCAGUGGAUGUUUUAUAGACAGCAUUCCUCAGGCAGUGUGGUAAAGUACAGCCAGGAAUUUGCCAGGGCUGCAUAUUCAACAAUACCAUCUGGUCAGUUAAACAAGCUCAAAACUGCCGUUAGGGAGGACUGUAUAUUGUUUGGAUACGAUUUAGAACCCGACUUUGUGUUUCCCUCAGACGGUACUUGA